ACCUUCAAGCAGGAUGAACCUAUUUCGGAAAGCUUUGGCCAAGGUUCGCCUCGUAGCGUACCGUGCACGACGGCUUUGGGAAGAAGUUCCGGACACUUUUCAGCUGUUGGAUCGAUUCUACAUUCUUGCUGGUAUCGCUUUCGAUGCCUCAAACGAUUGCCAGCGAUUCGGAUGGAAGCUAUACCUACUUGUAGGGUAUUUCCAAAUGUUGAUCAGCGUGGUGAGUUUCGUGAGUACUUUCGUCGCAAUGGAUGACGCCGUGGAAACGAUUUGGUGUGCGCUCAUGGUCGUCGCACAGGUAAUAUGUUUGUUGAAAACGCGUCUCCUUCUGUGUCGUCAAAAGGACAUCGCAGAUCUGCGAAAAUUUCUCGAUACAGCAAACUACUGUUCCGGAGAUCAAGUGUUUGAUGAGGCCGCCAGGAGUGGGUUUCGACGCAAAACUCGAGCACUGAUCGUUACAGUUGGCUUGCUGUUGGUGUGCCAACAGGUCAUCUGCUGGAUUCCACAACCGCAACAAUUCAGAACUUUUUACGUUCCGCCGUGGGUUGGAUUCUAUUUUGGGGAAGGAUUGGCUUUUUUCAUUCAAGUAAUCUACAUUUCGAAUUUCGCUCUGUUUUGGGUGUCCAAGAUAUUUGGAUGCACUAUCGUCUCUUCAGUUUUGAUGAUCGGAAUGAACUCCGAACAGGUAAUCCUGGUUCAUCACUAUGAACGGAUUGCCGAAGGGAUGGAGGACUUGCGGGACAAUUAUUUUGACAAUGAACAGACUAAACAACAGUAUUGGAACCUGUUGAUGAAACUCAUUAAAACCAUCACAGAGCAACAAGGUGUUAUUUUGAGCAAGAUCAGCAAACUGCAAUCAAUGGUUGAGCCAUUAUUCUUCUAUGUGUACUAUUUCGAUUUAGUGGCCAUUGGAUCAACUUUUUUCAUCGUUUUUUCAGAGCAAUUCUCGUUUAUGCAUAUUGUUAUCGCGACAACAGUUGUUGUCAUAAGCUUGGAAUGCUACGUACUAUGCAGUCUGAUUGAAUCUUUGAAAGAUACCUUUGACACCAUAUCCGGCCAUGUGUGCGAUCUAUGCUCGCAACUACCGUACUCGGCCGAUUACCGUCGCGAAUACUUUGAGAUGCGCACCACGCUGGUCACGAUCGCGCUCUGCUCGCAGAACAUCGUUCAGUUUGGAUGCCUUGGCAUCUCAAAUCUUUCGAUGCCGGUUUUCACCGAGCUGGUCAACACCUCGUACACGGUGCUGACGUUUUUGCUCAACAUGAUUUAAAGCUAGAUCGAAGGAAUGACAAUGAAGUGUGUUUUUUAUUUAUGCUUGUUUCCCUUGGUACCAAUAAACAGUUACGUGACGUUCACGUCUAAAGAUAA